AUUCUUGCAACCAAACACAUCCAACUAGUGGCAAAUUGUCUCGGGCAUAUGGCAUCCUACCGAGCAUGCCCUCUCCGCCUUCACAGAUCGCAUCGCCGCCCAGGGAAACGAUGAGCCGCGAGGCCAGCGGCGCGUCGGUGAGCUCUGUCCCGGUACCCGAGCCAGAGCGGCAGCAGGGGCAGGGGAACCAAGGGGAGGAGGCGGGGUGGACGCCGCUGGAGAAGGUGGCGGAUAAAGUGGAGGAGCUGUACAGUCUCCGCGACACCUUCUUCCCCCGAGACCCCUCCGAGAAGUCUGCGUCCCUCCGCGCCUGCGCCGACGCCGCCCUGGGAGUCCUCGAUUCCCUGCCUCCCGAGCAAAGAAAAUCCCCAGAAGAGCGUGUUAUUUAUGAAUUUUUGAUGGGAAAAAUACUCGAUGUCUUCCCAGAUUAUUGUAAGGAGGCUGAAGAGCAUUUAUCCAAAGCAGUAAAGCUGAAUCCAUCUCUUGUGGAUGCAUGGCUAUGUUUGGGUAACUGCAUCUGGAAGAAGGGGAAUUUGGCAUCAGCAAGGAACUGUUUCUUAUUAGCACUAAGUAAGGGCGCAGAUAAGAAAAUACUAUGUCAACUCUCAAUGCUUGAAAGGAGUAUGGCUCAAUCUAGUGAAGACCAAGUGUUGUUAGUGGAAGAGAGCAUUAAUCAUGCAAAAGAAGCUGUAAUGCUGGACAUAAAAGAUGGAAAUUCCUGGUAUAAUCUGGGUAAUGCAUACCUCACAAGCUUCUUUGCGAGCGGAGCCUGGGACAAAGCUAGGCUUCAUCAUUCGAUCAAAGCAUAUCAAAAUGCUGAGAAGGAUGAAACUAUGAAACUAAAUCCAGACCUCUACUAUAAUUGUGCCACAGCUUACAAAUACUUAGAGAACUAUGAAAGUGCCCUUCGCGGAUUUGAAGCUGCUGCGUUAAAAGAUCCUGCUCUCAGGGCUGACAUAGAAGUUCAGAAGAUCAUCAAUCUCCUUGAUAAGUUAGAGAAUGCAACGAAGGUACCUUCUGUAACUAUAGGACGACUACGACCCAAGAGAUCAGCAUCAUUGGUGUCAUCUCUGAAUGAAGUCAAUUUCAAGUUAUUCCACAAGAAAGCAACCAUAAGCAUCCUAUCAGGAGGUUUGAACAAGACAGUUGCUGUUGUGUGUAAAGUGGUUCUUUGGAUAAGACAUGACGAUGAUGCUCCACUGUAUUAUUUAACAUGUGACUUGGAUCAGUCUUAUUUCAUACUAUCAGUUUACGGGCUACAGAACGAAGCAAUUAAAGAAGGCGAUCGAGUGGUACUGCUGGAACCAUACUACAAAAUCCUAGAUAUAUCUUGGAAAGAACAGCGCUAUAAGUUCAAGUCAAUUCGUGUGGACUUCCCAGAACAAAUUAUUAUCAACGAGAAAGCUCCAGCUGCUCAUCAUGUUGCCCGGGCUUCAAUUCGUGCGCAGCAUAAGCCAUAAUUGUUGUCUAAACUGUCACGCCUGCAGAUGGACCUGCAGCGGACUGAAGAGUGCAAGUGCAGAACCUGAACUUGCAACGACCAAGUCAGCGGGGAGGCUGGGCUGGGACCCACCUGCCAGGGGUGUGCGUGUGUGCUACGCCAGCUGUAGCCUACUUGUAACCGUGUGAGUGAACAGACGAUGGCAAUGAGCAAAUAGAUUAACUACUUUCCCCUUCCUCACGUCUCUCUCGCUCUCACCUACCCUGCUCCUCCUCCUUUCCCCUGAUCUCCUUUCCCCUCUCAAUCCCCUCUUGAUCGGGUCGUGACAAAAACACUCCAAUUAUUACCUUAUUUGUUGUACUGGACUUUUAGGCGUACAAGAGAAAGUGUACACAAAAAGGUUAUUAAGUGAUGUCCAUCCACUCAUUAUGCAUAUAAUUCCAUGUAAAUAUUUUUUGUAGA